UGUGGCUCGUCUACUCUUUUAUACUCUCCUUUUGUUCCCUUCUGUUUCUCUCUAAUCUUCUCGGUAGAUAUUUGUUGGGAUGCUAAUCGGUUGUGGGAGGAGGGAGUUGACAGAUCUGGGACGAGUCGAGCGGCCACCAGCGAGGAAAGAAAGAGUGGGUGGGGGAGAAGGUGGAACAACUGAAGGAGGGGAACAAUCGGCCGGUUAUGCGGAUUUGCCCAUGGAUCGAGUAGGAGAGGAACGAAGAGGAACAGACGACAGAUGAAAUGGCGGAAAGGAAGAUCUGGUGUCCAAUCGGGCCGGUUUCGAUGAGACCGUCCGGUUGUGUGCGCAAAGGAAAAAAUUGAGGGAGGUGGGAGGUGUACGUGGUUGAGCAGCGGGGGAGUACUUUACCCCCUGUCCGCUGAUAUCAAGUCUGCAGCCUUGUGCUGCGUUGUGGCCGCCACCGUUGCGUUUUAGCUCCGAGAAUAUCUUUCUCUUUCAGAUCUCCUUUGUUUAUUUUUUCAUUAGAUUCAUGUCUUUAUGUCUCCUUUUUGUAAAUCAUUUUGGUAGAUUAAUUUUUAGCCAGUCUGAUUCGGAUCUGACCUUUAAUUUAGUGUACUUGAUGUUAGAGUCCUAAAAGGGGGGAGUUAAGGAUGUCAGGGGGUUACAGGGAGAGGAAAUGAAGUCUCCCUUGAUUUUGAGUCAGGUGCCUACCUAUUUAAAAGCAGAUACCUUCUUUUUGGCAUUUUCCAGAUGUUGAAGUUUUAACACAAAACUUUCUGGCACGACUCUGUUUCUUUUUC